GCCCAAUUUCCCUUAAAUCACCAAAAUCCCUCAUUUUUGUUUGUUAACCCAAUCUCUCUCUCAAAACCCUAGACCCCUCAAUUUCCGAAUGGGCCUGCAGCAAUCCAAGGAGGAGCUCCUCUACGAUCAUGUCGGCUCUGCCAACGUCGACGGCAUCAAAUCGCUCCACUCCCAAGGCGCCGGCCUCGAGUGGAUUGACAGGGAGGGGAAGACUCCGUUGAUCGUGGCGUGUAUGAACCCGGGGCUUACGAAUGUCGCCAAGACCUUGAUUGAGCUCGGUGCUAAUGUGAACGCCUAUCGCCCCGGUCGGCAAGCCGGGACGCCGCUGCAUCAUGCGGCUAAGAGAGGGCUGGAGGAGACUGUCAAUUUGCUUCUUUCGCGUGGAGCGAAUGUGUUGAUCAUGAAUGAUGACUGUCAGAGUCCUCUUGAUGUUGCUAGAGCGAAAGGGCACAGCAACGUUGUUCGCGCAAUUGAGGGGCAUAUUUGCUUAUUCUCGGGUUGGCUGAGGGAAUUUUAUGGUCCUGGAUUUCUGGAAGUGCUUGCUCCUCAGUUGGUUUCAAGAAAAGUUUGGGCUGUUGUCUUGCCAUGUGGUUCCCGCAAACCUACCAAGCCUUACAAGUUGGAGCUUGCCAUCUAUUCUAGUCUACAGGAUGCCCAACCACGUACGGUUAUCGGACUGUGGAAAGUCAAUCUGGAAGAACCGAAAUCCCAUCUGUCUGAUCCCUCAGUUAUCAUUCAUGAUAUCUCCUCAAUCCCAAGAGGCAGGAGACGGAGGCACAGGCAUCAAACGCCUAGGCAAGCACGUAUUAGGCUGGCAUCUGGAAAUGAAAGUGACAAGCAACAACUUCAGUGGUUUACCAAUGCAUGCAAGGGAAUACCACAGUCACGACCUGCAUUUUUGGGUAAUAACAAUCCAGCAACUGCACCCCCAGCAACUGCAGAAGAUGUAGAGGCGGCAAUGACUCUGAGUGCCUCCCUUCAGUCUGCUUCGCAGGAGAGACCACCCUUUCCAGAUGCACACCCAACCUAUGCAUCGAGUGCCUCAGGUAGCUCCAGUACCUCUACAGGUGCUUCUAACUUGAAUGGUUGGAGUACGUCCGCAGAGAGUGGGAGCUAUAACAGUUGGGGUGCACCAAUUGCAGGUGCUUCUUCAAAAGUAAGUAGCAGCGACUGGUCAGGUGUUCAAACUGGCCCAGUUGGCAGCUCAACUGGACAUGCAAUCUCUAGUACCCAAACAGCUCCUACUUCAGAAAUAGUUGUAUCAUCAACACAAUCAGCUGCAAACCCAUCUGCUCCACCCCCAUCAGCUCCACCAGUUUUAGAUGAAAGUCUAGAUGAAUAUCCUAUUGCGUAUCCAUCAAUUGAUGAUAGCCCUAUUGAUUUGUCAAACCCAACUGUUGAAAGCACUCAGAGUAUACCCCCGAUGGUCGAUGAAAAGAAAGGUGAUGAGGUGUCUUCUUCAUGUGUGAUUUGUUUAGAUGCGCCAGUUGAAGGGGCGUGCAUCCCAUGUGGCCACAUGGCGGGAUGCAUGUCUUGUUUGACUGAGAUCAAAGGUAAGAAAUGGGGCUGCCCUGUAUGCCGAGCGAAAAUUGAACAGGUUGUAAGGCUUUAUGCUGUAUGAGUUGUUCGAAUCAACCAGACUAUUACUGCAACUCGAACACGUUGCAGUCUUUGAAGAAUCUGUUUGUCUCCAUUAAUAGAUGAGGUUCUAUGUUACGAGCCCCUCAGGAGAUUUUGAUGUACAUACUCGUAGUCUAUCACCUUUAACCAUGGUUCUUUUUAUGUAUCAGUGUCGCAUCAGCUUCUUGUUUUAAAUUUUCAUGGCUUGUAAGUUCUGUAUGUAAAACGAUCUUAUUUCCCAAAAAUCUUGAGGGAUUGACACAGGUUUCAUGUUCAUA